AUGUCUGGGGGGCUUGAAGACUACUCAACACUAAAUCCUGAGGAGAAACCGAACUCGGCAAACGCACCCUACCCCUACGGAAGUCAAAACCGCGAAGAUUCGGACUUUAGCUUUGCCAACCCACUUCGCCAAGAUAGGACGGAAAAUGACCCCAUACUAUCGUCCGCUUUUUACGGCGACUACGAAGUCCUGAAAGUGACGGACACCCCACAGGAGUCACGAUUUCUGCAAGAAAAGCCCAAAGUACCUACAAAGAACAGGGCGGAAUCGAAGAAUCUCAAGGGCAGACGGCCCAAUAUGAGUACGCCGCCUUCAGUCACUACACCUCUGGGCGAAAAAACUGCAUCCGCCCAAGCGAAUGACUUUGCCUUUCCUUUUGGAAUUAGUGGAGCUGGUGGUGGUUAUAGCUAUGAAGAACUUGACGAUCCCUGGUUGAUGCAACAACAGGCCUUCUCCGAGUUAAACGCCUGCUUCAUGAACGAACCAACGCUUGUAAUGGGGAAGCAUCCGGCGUCUCAAACUGUGGGGCAGUCUACGCCGUCCACCAACGCAGACGCCAAAGAGACAAUCAUGGACAUGGGUACGAUGUUCUCGGAAAAGGAUGAUAUACAACUUCGUGGCGUGCCGGGGCUGAACAAUACCCCCGUGAACGAUACAAAACCUGAGAAGCCGGUCGCUAGGCCGCCAGUUGUUCCCGGAAGCCUCUUACGAUGUAUUCAACGCGUAGUGCAGAUGCGAUGCCAUGCCGCUGGACACAGUAACAAUCUCAUUGGUCGACAAGCCUGCGAAGUCAUGUGCGAGGCUGUACGACAGAGGAUGAGCCAGUUAAUUGACUUUCUGCAUGACUGUCGACAACCACUGGACUCCUGUACACAACGCUACAGUGUCUUCUUCCUGAACAGGGAGGCUUAUGCUGGAAAUCAGGUUACUGACUCUAAAUACGGUCCCAAAAGCUAUGGAAAAAAGUAUCCGAAAAAAGCGGAAAGAAGUAGACCCAUGGGACGGGAGACACAGCAACUGCAGCCUAAAAUUCAUUCAGGCACUUAUUGUCUCGCAUGUGGAAACGCGUAA